AUGAGCUGGCCCCGACCCCCAGGCCCAGACGAGGAUGCUCUUGAGACCCUCCUGGAUGACCUCAUCAGCUACUACCUGGACAGAGCAGGGGAGGGCCGGCUCGGGGUCUGCAGGCAAGCAGCUCUCACCUGCAGGGCCCAGCGGCUGCUGGUCACAGGGGUCCCUCCUCAGCUCUAUCUGCCUGAGGAUGUGGCCCCUGAUCUGGGGACCACUCACUCCCAGGGGGCUCCCAGCUCUGCCCAGCACAUCUGCCACAAACUGGGGCGGGCACUGGAGUUCCUAGAGCUGAUCUCCGUCAACCUACUCCUGUUUCCCUGGAGGAAGGAAAUCAGGUCCCUGAAGACAUACACAGGGAACUUUGUCUACUGGGUGCGGCCUGUGCUUUCUGAACACACACUGCAGACCAUUCUGGGCAGGCUGGGCUACAUGGCCACAUCCGAGGCCGAGUUUUCACUGGUCCAGGCCAUCAGCAAGGAGGACACCAAGCAGAUGGUGUUUGAGAUCUUCCUGACGAGAGUCAUGUGUGAGGCCGUUCUCGGAACCUCGGGCAGGCAGCUCCUCGGGCCGGGCAGACAGAAAGUGGACAGGCCCCACUGCAGGCCAAGCUCAGAGAGAGGGCUGCUGAAGACCCACAAGGGCCUGAAGGAGGCCCAGUCAAGCCCAGGCCCCUCAGCAGGGGCGAGGACUGAGAGGGCCCUGGCUGAAAGCCCUGAUGGUCAGCGCUCUCUGCCAGUGGCCUUUAGCCUGCCUGAGAUCUCAAUAGCCCCCAGCAGCCCCCUCACUGGCCCCCCGGUCUCCUUGGGGCCCCAGCGCCGUACCAGCACACGCUCGGACAGUGAGGAGUUCCUGACCUGCUACAGCGACCUUGUGCUGCGCCAGACACCCUUGUUCCCCAGGGACCAUCCCCUGAGCAGCCUGAAGGGAAAACAACUCCAGAGCCCAGGCCUGGGGCCCAGCCCACCUCCAGAGGAGGCAACUGCCCCCGCAGGUAGCAGCAGCGAGCAGCCCCUGGUCCCCAGCGCAGCUCCUGAGAGCAAAGGGGUCACCUUUCCCGGCCAGCUCUGCCUGGUGCCAGGCCCCCAGUUGUCAGAGAAUUCCUUGGACCCAAAGCCAGAAGCACAGCUGGAGUUGGCCGCCCCUGGUACAGAAGCUGCACCUCCAAGUGCUUCCUCUGAGAUGGAUGAGCUCUGUGAGUACCUCGCCCACCUCCUCAGACCCCCAACUCCAGCAGGCCACCCUGGGGGCUCCCCUGGCCCAGGGGUUGAGGAGAAUGGACAAUCAGAGCCUCUCAUGAGGCCAGAGCCAGCCGGUGAGGGUGGCAGCCCAGAUGGUAGAAUCACUCAGUUCUGGAGGUCUCCUCAGGCCCCCUCUCAUGUACAAGAGCCCCCCAGUGCUCAUUACGUCCCCCUGGAGGGGCUGGAGGUGCCAGGUGCCACACGAGGAUACUACACGAGCGACAGCUGA